UUUUCCGUUUCUCGCGAAAAUAUCUUCUCUCUUCUUCUUACUCCAUCUCCAUCUCCACACCUCAAAUCUCUCUCUCUUGUGUCCGUCAAUCUCUCUCCUCUUUGAAGAUCCGAAACUGACUCAUGAUUGCUCGGUUGCUUCACCUCCAGCUCAUAGCUCGCCGUUUAUGAACCAAUCAAUCUGACAUAGAGAGCGGCAGUGGUCUGGAGGUUUCGGAUUAUCCUCCCCGGAAACAAACCCUACCGGGUGGAAGCAGCCAUGGGCGAAGAAGUGAAGAUGACUGAGUACGAGAACGGCAUCGAGGACGACGAUGAGGAUGACAACUCUGGUGGUGAUGAUGAUCGCGUUCUCGAGUGGGAGGCCGGGUUGCCGGCCGCCGACGAUCUGACCCCCCUCUCCCAGGCCUUGAUCUCGCCUGAGCUGGCCUUGGCUUUCAGCAUCUCCCCCGAGCCCUCCCGGACGCUCCUGGACGUCAACCGCGCCUCGCAGACCACCCUCGCGAGCCUGCGCGGCAACUCCGCCCAGUCCCAGGGCUUUUCCACCAAUAACAACUUCAAGUCCUUCGCUGAGAACCGUGACCCGAUGGCUGUGGAUCAGGACGAUGUGGAUCGCACAGACUCCCGGAAAUCGAGGAGGAUUGAGUCCCCUGAAGAGGCGGAUUCCGCCCUCCGGGCGGAUAAUUCUACCGAUGAUCCAUCCGCGAGGACGCUGAAGAGGCCGCGAUUGGUCUGGACUCCGCAGCUACACAAGCGAUUCGUGGAUGUGGUCGCGCACCUGGGAAUAAAAAACGCGGUGCCUAAGACGAUUAUGCAGCUGAUGAAUGUCGAGGGGUUGACUCGGGAAAAUGUGGCCAGUCACCUGCAAAAGUACAGGCUCUACUUAAAGCGGAUGCACGGGCUGUCUAAUGAAGGCCCAUCCUCAUCGGAUCAGUUGUUUGCAUCCACUCCAGUUCCACAGAGCUUGCAUGAGAGCGGAGGGGCUCAUAGUGCGCAUGGAAAUGGGCACAUUCCGGUCCCAAUUCCAAUGUCCUACGGGGCCCCACAGAUGAUGUCCAUGCCUAUGUACGGAAUGGCCCAUCAUGGGCAUAUGGGGAUGCAAAUGGGAAAUCCAGGCGGAAGUGCCCCCGGAUAUAAUGGGUUCGACUCGAACCCGUAUAUGAUGCAGCAGAGGGACUGGUUAGGGAACAGGUAUGGGUCAGUUGUGUCAUAUCCAGAGUCUGCUACCCCGAAUGACAAGUGAGGUGCAGCAAUAGCUGCAUUUCGCCGGCAGUAUCAGACAUAGAGCCAAUGAGAUAGUGCGUCAAGAUCAGUAAAUUGUUUUCAGCCGAGUUCAUCUUGAUGUUCAAGGUCCCUUCUGCAAUUGGUACUCCAUGAAAAUGCGCCAGUUAUAAUUGCUGUUUCGAAGACAGAUGAUUAUUAACUUGUACCAUUUUCCUUGAUCCAGACAGUUAUCUUCUUGGACUGAAAAUUGGUAUUCCUUUUUAAAUUAACAUCGUCUUUUUUUGUUAUCA